CUGCCAGGUGGUUCGCCUCCGCUGCCCCCACGCGCGCCUGGGAUUCACGCUCCUUCAUCACACGGUGCAGUGCUGGGGAGAGAAAGAACACGCACGUGUGAGCACACCCACCUAGAGAGAGAAAGAGAGAGAUUACGCGUUCGCAUUGGCUUCGUUUUUUGUUUGUUCCAAGGGAGGGACAGCGACGGGGAACAGCAGCGGAGAGAGAGAGAGAGAGGGUCUGUUGUUCUUCUGCGCCUGUGAAGAUCUUCGUCUGUUUUUCUUUCGUCAUUUUUUUUCUUCCUCUCUGUUUCCUCCUCAUCUCUGUACAGUAAUAUUAUUUUAUUUAUUCAUCAAGAACGAGCAAAGCAGCUCAGAGAAGAUCAGGGUCUAGACUCUAAAUCCAAUUGAUGGAGCAGCUCGUUAACUUCAUCAUUCGCCCCCCUAGAGCUGAGUACAAUCCAAAAAAUGAUUUAUUGGAUCAAGAAUUCAUGCUUAAGGGAAAAUGGUUCCAAAGGAAGGAUCUGGAGGUUAAAAACAGUCGGGGAGAUGUUCUUCAGUGUAGUCAUUAUGUGCCUAUUGUCAAUCCUGACGGAAAGGCCCUGCCCUGUGUAAUAUACUGCCAUGGAAACAGUGGGUGCAGGGCAGAUGCUAGUGAAGCUGCUAUAAUCUUACUACCUUCAAACAUCACAGUUUUUUCCCUUGAUUUCUCUGGAUCUGGGCUCUCGGGAGGAGAGCAUGUCACUCUCGGGUGGAAUGAAAAAGAUGAUCUGAGGGCAGUGGUUGAUUAUCUGCGGGCAGAUGGGAAUGUUUCUCUGAUUGGCUUGUGGGGUCGUUCAAUGGGUGCCGUAACUAGCUUGAUGUAUGGAGCUGAGGAUCCUUCAAUUGCAGGAAUGGUCCUUGACAGUCCCUUUUCUGAUUUGGUUGACCUGAUGAUGGAACUUGUGGAUACAUACAAAUUCCCACUGCCCAAAUUCACUGUGAAGUUUGCAAUCCAGUACAUGCGAAAGUCUAUCCAGAGAAAGGCAAAAUUUGACAUUACGGACCUUAACACCAUUAAGGUGGCCAAGUCUUGUUUUGUUCCAGUAUUAAUAGGGCAUGCUAUAGAUGAUGAUUUUAUACGGCCCCAUCACUCAGAACGCAUAUACGAUGCUUAUAUGGGGGAUAAAAAUGUCAUCAAGUUUGAGGGAGAUCACAACUCCCCCCGCCCGCAGUUCUACUUUGAUUCUAUAAAUAUAUUUUUUCAUAAUGUUUUGCAACCCCCAGAGGAUGAGGUGGCGGGAACUUUCUUUGAUUCAGUACAUGAUUACUUUGGCAGGGGUAGCUGGACUACAGUCCAUGAUUUAGGACGUGCAGGCCAAAGUUCUGUGGCUGCAUCCGAAGGACCAGUGGCAAGCAGCACAGAAGAUGCCAUUAAACAGCUUCGUUCCAAACGGCCUAUGAGCCGGACAGAGGUCCCAUCUGCUAGCCCAUCUGAGGAAAAGCCAUCUGAAAUGAAGGAGGAAGGACCUGAAAAUGAUCCUCUUUCAUCGUCUUCCAAAAUGAUCAGCUUUGAGCUAUCCAAUGGUCACCCAUAUGGUCCUCAGGUUCCAGCCUCGAUAGAUGAUGAUCAAUAUGUGGAAUACUCACUUGAUGAUUUGGCAGAUUUCCCAUGCAAUGUGGAGGAAGAAGAAAGGAUGUUCAUGGAAGCAGUGAUGGAGUCAUUGAAGGACUUGGAGCCAAGGCAUCCUCGUGUAGAGGAACAACAACCCUCUGUUUCUAAUGAUUCUCCUGAGUCUUCAUGCAAAGAUGGUCCUAGUGCCACUUCCAUUACAGAGGAUCGCAGGCCUCAGAAGGCAGAAUCCCCAUCCCCCUCUGCGGCUAGUGGCCAUGAUUUGGCAUCCCAAGAUCCUUGUCCUGUUACAAGUGUGACAUCUACUGCUGGGCCUGCAUUUGACGCUGCUGCGUCCGCCAUUCAAUCAGAAGCCGCAAGGACUCCCACGCAUAGCGAUACUACUAGCAACCAGGGUUCAUCAGAUGCUGAUGUCUCUGGUGGUACGAAAGCCACGGUGACAGUUGUAAAGAACCAAUCAAGCCAUAUCAUGGAUGGUUUGUUGCGUCGCUGGGAUCUCAACUUUUUUCGAAACAGUUCAAUGAAAUGAGAAAAUUAUACUGUACAUUGGAUGAUUGGAUACUGUAAUGUUUUGUAACCAAAAAAUGCAGGGACAAGUGUCUUCUGGAAUCCAAAAGAAAAAAAAAAAAAAUGCUGCUGUGAAUGUGUUUACAUAGUUUCAUUUAACAUCAAUGGCAAACAUUUAGUCAUUCCAACUUUAAGAA